GCCGAGGGAGGCGGGGCGGGAAGGCAGAGGUGUCUCCUCCACCCGAGCGGCGGGAGACCCGAGCGAGCCCGGUGACAGCUCGUCGGCCGCCAUGUCAGCGAGAGGGGCUGGAAACAGCCCGGGCGCCCAGCGGUGGACCCCCUUUCGCCUCUGAUUCCCAGACAUGGAAGGACUUUAAUGAAACUCACAGGACUCCACAAAAGAUGCUCUAAUGGAUGACAGUGAACCGCCUGCAGGUAAACUUCAGAUAGAACCACAAGAUGGGCGUCAUCCCGGUGGCGGUGUGGAAAGUGUAGGGUCCCACUUGCCUUCUGCAUCGGACGAAAAUGAAAAUCGCCUUGACGGGUGUGGGCAUGACCGCCUAACCAGCAGUGACGGUGCCAUGGGCAACCCUGCAGCGUCCGAGCAGGACAGUCUCAACAACAAUGCAAGCUGCACACCCAGCUGUGAGGCGGCCGCCAGUGAGACCUCAGAAAACACUGCUUGUGAAGGCCCCAAGGAUGGACAGGACUUCUCGGGAAAGGACGAAAACUUACCUGGAAAGAGAAGCCCAAAAACCAAGACAGGCACGGCCAGGAAGAUCCCACCAGGACUUUCCUCGGGGGAUUCCACACCUUUAAUGCAAGAAGACGUGCUAAGUGCAGACGCACAUGCUGUUGGUGAGGAAGAGUCAGCCGAAGGCAAUGCUAACGACCAACCAGAAGCCCCGACACUGGCUUUGCAGUCUCUCUUCUCACUGAUCCGCGGUGAAGUGGAGCAGUUGGACUCGAGAGCACUUCCCCUUUGCCUCCAUCAGAUAGCAGAGUCCUAUUUCCAGGAGGAGGACUAUGAGAAAGCAAUGAAAUUCAUUCAGCUUGAACGACUGUAUCAUGAGCGAUUGCUUGCCAAUCUUUCUGCUAUUCAAGAACAAUGGGAAACAAAAUGGAAAACUGUACAGCCACGUGCAGCCACGUCUCCAAGGAAUUCAGAAAAGGGAUUUAAUGGUGAAGAUUUUGAACGGCUUACCAAAUUUUGCGCAACACAUCAAGAUCCCGUUUUAUCCAAAUCUAAGACAGCAGCUGCGGAGACGGCCCUGGGGAGGGAGAGCUUUGCGCAGUCAGCGGUGUCGGAGGGUCCCCAGGGAAGCGGAGCUGCAGCCGAGGAGCCGGAGCGUGGAACUUGCCCUGGCAUGGAGCCAAGUGGAGAGAGCCAGCACAGGGAGGAGACCCCGCGGAGCGGGCCGGGUUGGCUGCCUGUGGGCAGGGCGGGUGGUUCCGCGGUCACCUGCACAAAAGAACACCGUGGAAGACUCCAGCUUCAUCCGGCUCCCCCGGCGGCCCGCGGAGCUGAAGACCCCGCGGAGCCCCCCUCCAGCGAGGCAGUGACGGGGCCGGAGCAGGCACCCCCUGCACCGGGGGGUCACCCUGCACCCGGGGGUCACCCAGCACAGGCUCCCAGGAGGGACCUCCAGUUGCCACUGCCGGAUGCUUCCGAGGCGCUGCCCACAGACCCCCCUGCGCACCAGGAGCUGAAGGAGCCGCCGCAGCCCGAGGGGCGUCUGGCCCCCGAGGGGCGGGGCGACCCGGACGCGCGGGUCAGCCGGGAGGCGGAGGACUACCUGAGCAGCCUGCUGGCGGGGUGCCUGCGGGGCGCCGAGGACUCCCCCUCCGGCGAGGAGGACGACCCCGACCUCCUCCCGGACCUGUCCCCCGACGAGGCCUCCUACAGCCUCCAGGACGACCCGCCCUCCCCCUCCGACGGCAGCCUGUCGCUGGAUGACCUGGCGAGAAGGAUCGAGGUCGCCGAGGUUGUUCCUGCUUCGGGACUGGUCUCCAUAUUAAAGAAGAGGAACGACGCCGUGGGCGACCACCCUGCCCAGAUGCAGCAGAAGCCGCCCAAGCGGAGGGUGCGGUUCCAGGAGAUAGACGAUAACCUGGACCAGGAUGAAGCUGGGAGUGGCUCCUGCAUUUUGCUGGUCUUGCUGUGCGUCGCCACGGUUCUGCUCAGCGUGGGAGGAACCGCCCUGUACUGCGCUUUCGGGGACCUGGACUCGCCCGUGUGCACGGACUUCGCCGACAACGUGGACUUCUACUACACGAAGCUGCUGCGGGGCGUGGCGGAGCUGAAGCACUGGGUCCGCCUCUCCUAGCGCAGCAGCGAGGGCCCCAGGGGAACUCACUCUCUAGGCGGCUCUGAUUUGGGGGGUUGUGUACCGCGCCCCGCCCCGUGAGGAGCCGCGGACGUCAGCAACUGCAGCUUCAGCAGGCGGCCCAGGGAACCUGCGCGUCGUGGGGCAGGAAUGGCCUGGCCAGCCUCCUCGCGGCCGCCUCCGCGGGCUGCUGCGCUGCGUUAAACGGGAGUGUUGCAGCCACGCGUCCUUAGCUUCUUGUCAAGCUGACACUUAAUGACACUUGGUUUCCACUAGUUGGUCCAAAGACGUCGCUUCCAGCCAUCACGCAAUAAGUGUGGGUGUGAUCGAAAGGAGGUACCGAUGUGUCCAUGUCUUUUUUCAGUUGGCCUGGAGCGCUGUGUAAGCAAGGCUUUGCGCGUCAUUGACACGUUCUGGUCUCCGUUUGUGGAAUGGUUGGGUGCACAUGCGUGUUUGCGUGGGUGCGUGCAUGUGUUUCAGUUAAUCAUGAGCAAAUACCCAACGCAAAAUAACAAAAAAAUGACCUUUAUUCUUUUAACUUGACUAUAGAUGUGCAGGCACAAAUCUUUAGAGCAGGUUUCACUGUGGAACCGAGGAGAUGUAGAGAUGUUGGCCCUGGAAGGAGGAGCUGUGACAGAUCUGCAGCAAUUGAUUAACAAGCCAGGAAUUAACUACAGACCUGGAGGUAACAUUCAAGAGCUCCCUCUGAGUCUCAGGCAGGCCGUUUCAGCAUGGAUUCGAGGCCUCGUGGAGUAUGAUGAAUGCUGGACGCAAUUCAGCAAACGCUUACUGAGCACCUAUUAGGUUCUGAGUCUAAGAACUGAAAUACAAAGAUAAUGAGAUACCAGUUCCUGCCCUAGAGGUUUUCAUUCUGGCCUUGUGUUAAACAGAUACUUUGGCAAAUGAAAUUAAAUCACCGUACAACUCAGUGUUAGCAGGUCAUGCGUUCAGAGGUUUGAACGUGCAUUCAUGUCACAGGCUCGAGUUAGUCCUUUUAUGGGGUCAUUAAGCAGAAAGUCAAUCAUGUCUUAAAUAAGCAAAUGUCUGAAUUUUGUUUAAAUCUGUCAGUUACGCGGCAUUUCCUUUUCUGAGGUCUAUCAUUUACGAAGCCUUGCUGUGGCUUUUUAUAACAUAGGCAGCAUUUUAAAAGAAACAGAACAUGAAUUAUAGUUUUUUAGCGAGUGAUCAUUACUUCAUGUUUUUCUGUCAGAAUCACGUGAAAGAAAAAGGGAGAAGUUACUUCCUAGUUGUUACUGGCUGGUACAGUACCCCUUCAUGUUCUGCUUAUUUAUUUAGAUUAUGUGAAUUUUGAAGGGCUUUUUAUAUGUGAUGAAAGUGUGUUUUUGAGCAUGCAUUCGGUUUUCCCAAUGUAGAUAUUUAAUUACUGUGUACUUAGUAUUUUGAUUUCCUAUAAAUUCAGUGUCUCAUGUUUUUAGGCUUGUUUCUUUUUAAAUUGAUGUUUGAUUUUCACUCAUAAUACUGUUUGACUUGUCUCAUGUCACCAUAAACUAAUAUUUUCAAGGAUUAUAGAUCAAAGAUAUUUAUUUAGAAGUAUACAAGAUACUGAAAUUUAGAUUCCUUAUACUUAAGGCUGAUUUUAUUAGAAGGUUAUUUUAAUGUUCUAUUAUAAAUUUUAAGAAUUUGUAUUCAAACUGUAUGUAAAAUAUGUAAAUGUCAACGGUACUAUGUUAGAUGGUUCUAUAAAAGACAUUCACCAAGUCUGCCAUGAGGGGCGCCCCCGUCAUGGACAACCCUCUUCCGUUUCUCCCUCUUGGUUCCUAGUUAUGAGAAUUUGAUGAGUCUGAUUUCUGACGGUUUUAUGUGAAGAUAAAUCAAAACUUCCUCCUGCUCUCCCCUUUGAGUCGCUAUGGAAGUCCUACGUACCCCGAGUGUCUCAUUUGCCUGGAGGCGCCAGGGCCUCUACUCCACACUGAAGGUUUCCUGGAAACCUUGACGCUGAGCAGAGAGGACUGAGGUGACACCUGGGUCCUCGGGGGUCCAGUGGAGUCUCAGAGGAACCAGGUGUGUCCUCAGGCUUCCCGGGGAGGGUGAGGUGAGCUCAGGAGCUCAGUGUGGUGAUGUCUUGACUUAAAAUGGGCAUGAAAAUCGCGACUGGAACCAGUAGGGCCCCGCUUAAAACGUGACAGUCAUUCAUUGCAUGAAGUGGAGUCAUUCCAUCUGGUGGUGAAAGCAUUGUGAUCGCACAUGUGAGAACUCACCCAGCUUUACCCUGAUGUGAUCUUUCCUGCCAUGUGAAAGUUCGGACAACUGCUUGUAACUACUCUUCCUUCAGAACUGUAUUGGAGGGUGACCUGUUAAGCUUGUAAUUUAAAAUCUUCACCAACAAA